AUGGUCCUUUCGAAGCUUCUCCUAGCAGCGCUAGCCGUCACGGCACACCUGGCAAAGGCUGAGGUUGUCGUUGGAGCUGAUCCGCUUGUGAAGUAUUCCAAGUGUGAUAAUGCGCAGCAAAUCCAAAUCUCCGAAGCCUGGUUCGAUGCUCUUGAAAUUGCUGGCGAAGGCAAGGGUGGCAGCUUUGGUGAUUGGAAGGGAGAUGCUGAGAUAGACUACUUUGGCCCUCCUGUCUUGAACCAUCCGCAUCAACGCAAUAUCCAAGCUAAUGGAAAGAGAAAAGAGCUCCUUACGAAUGCGGCAGCACUUUCUAGGCCAUGGUGGUUUAGACCUACUCAGAUCAAGAUCCACGCACGCUGCGACGACUGGGCAGACAAAUGCGGGAACAAAGGACCCAUGGCUUACACUUCCCAAAAUUGCCCAGAUGGGGGGUUGACAUGUAUCACCUUUUGCCGCGAAUUCUUCGAUCUACCAUCUUUACGCGAUACCCUCGACUAUGCCCGGCCAAUGAAGAAUGAUGAUGUUGUCAAAUUACACAUGACGACAUACCAGUCGAGAGCAUCUUCUAUGUUGCAUGAACUCCUCCAUCUUUCGGAGGUCUCCUUCCCCCUGGGCCACAUCUAUGAUCGAUUUAUCCGCUAUAAGACGCACGAAGGCAAAGAUGUCGUGACCCAGGCUAUUGGGCCGUAUUGGACAAAGGUUCUUGCCAGGGUCGACCUGCUCAACAGAAAUGAUACUCUCGGAUUCCCUAUCAAUGCCGACAAUGUGGUGCAGUAUGCCCUUUCUAAAUAUGUUUAUAAAGCCUUGAACGUCUAUCCAUACUACCCAAUUGCCCUGAGCAAGAAACUUGGGGACGGAGAUAAAACUCAGGCACCAGGCUGGGAAAUCAUUGAUAAUAAGCUCCAGGGCAAUGCAACUCUCAUAAACGAUCGCAUACUAUCCGCCGUUGACCCCCAGCCUUCCGAAUCUAUCAACGCAACGACCGCACCCAUCCACGAUUUGAUGAACAACAACGCAGACUACUUUGAUAACGUUGUUUUGAACUUAGAAAGCUUCAUCCAGCAUGACAAAUAUCCCAAGAUGUACUUUACCGGAGACCGGAACGAGAUCUAUCCAACUAACCGCCCACCACUCACAAACAAGAGCGAGUAUGUUAAAGGCGACGAGAACCUACACUGUGCCGUCUCUGAGACUUUGGACCGUGGACGUGGAAAUGUGGCAGUGGAUAUUGCGGAACGACAUAUUGACGAUGCUUGUUCUAAGCUCAAGGACAAAGCCCUGAGCCCAAUGGCCACCGGAGUCCCACUUUCAUAUCAAUUCACCAAUGAUAAGGAUUCAAAUGCCUUAUGGAUUGGUGCUUUCUGGAACACCGGUGACGAUGACUGUCGAGUUGAGAGUAAGAUCUCCGAAGAUGAAUGCAAGAACCAGCUCCGAACAUGCCUGAAUGGCUGCCAGCUCGACACGCACACUCAAAAGGAGGGAGGUUCUAGGAUUAAGAACUGCAUUAUCUACCGCAUUGGAGUCGAAGGGAGAACUACAUUGUGA